AUGGGAUGCUUAAACUUCUAUAGCUUUGUUUUUACGUCAAAAGCGCUGCUGCGCUUGCGUAGUAAAAGGAUUUCGCGGGAUAGGCGGGGAAAGGCCUGCGGUUUACAACAGCUGUUUUCCAUAGAGGCAGAAUUUGAAGACGAGGAUUUCCUGUUGGCUGUGAAGGAUGUGGAGAAGCAGGCCUUGGAUCCAACCCAUGCCAAUAUAAGAUGUCUGAGACCCCUCUCAGCUGUGUUGAGAGCCCCCAGCAGUGCCCUCACACCAACUAAGGACUCAGGCACCCUUGGCCAUUCAGAGGCUAUGUCCCCUGUCUUUCAAGUACAAAACUACUCCAGACUAAGAUGUGGGGAGGACAGUUGCCCCAGUGAAGUCAAAAGCAAACAAACGUCUCCUCUGGUGACCAGCUUCAAGGUUCAGAAGGACCAAUCCACCUUUCCAGUUGUAUGUAAAUCAAGCUGCUCUUCAGGCACAAGAUUCAAGUUUGUGAACAGACAUCCAGCUGUGCUUUCCACUGGGGCUUUCCCCUGUGAAGAGGAGAUUGACAAUGAGCUUGCAUUGGCUGAAUGCAUAGAUCAUGAAGACUCGGGUACAUGCUCAUAUCCGAUGUCUUUCAGAUCUGACUCUGGGCCUCAGGAGCAGAUGAGGGACAAUGGUAUAGAAGCAGCCAAGAAACCACGAGUGGCAAAUUCAGUGAUAUUGACCAAACCUGUUGGUUCAGAGACCUCACAGUUGAAAAGAACUCAGGAAGAAAAGUCCACUCUACUCCAGCCAGUAGAAGCUUCUUCAAAGUUGACUUUGAGGCCCACUGCCAUGGGGUCCUACUUCUCUCAGUCUAACAUAGGAGUGAGCAGCGAUAUAGGUGCCCUUUCAAACUCUAGUUGUCAGAUGCUAAAAUCUCUUCAAACAUCUCUAGGUAAACCCACUGCUGAGUGUAACAGCCCAUGUUUGCCUAGGGUAAGACCUUGUUCCUCCUUCCUGUCCGCAAGUAGCCCUUCAAUACUAACAAAGCCAUGCAUAUCCAACCGGAGCUGUUCUGUGCCUAGAAUGGUCAACAGUGGUGCUCAUCUUCUUACUUCAUAUGGUUCCUCAUUAAUGCCUGUGGAGAUCCCAUCUACCACCCCUAAAGCCCCAUGUUCAAAUGCAGCUGCUGGAAUCCUCCAUAUACCUGUGGUGACCAAUCACCUUGUCCGCUUGGUCACAGCAGCUAACAAGACACCUCACCCAGUAGCCCAGGUUUCUUUGCGGGCUAAAACUCGACGCUUUCCAGGACCUGCAGGCAUUCUGCCACACCAACCUGAUGGGAAAAAUUUGGAAGAGAUUCUUAUUGCAACUACACAGACACCAACUCAUGGGGCACUAGCAAAGCUGCGAACUGAGGAAAUGCCUACUUCCCAGCAGCCAAUGGAAGAGGAAUUUGAAAGAGGCCCUUGGGUUACCAUGAAAAGUGAGCUGGGAUUGGAUGAGAGAGAUCCGUCUUGUUUCCUUAGGGCGUAUAGUGUUGUUAUGGUGCUCCGUAAGGCAGCCCUGAAGCAGAUCCCAAAGAACAAGGUUCCCAACAUGGCAGUGAUGAUUAAGUCACUGAUGAGGACCAAUGUUGACACGGGUGCUGUCUUCAAAGACCCUACUGGGGAAAUGCAGGGCACAAUACAUCGUUUGUUGCUGGAGGAGAAAGAGAGUGAACUUAAGGCUGGUUCAGUGCUUCUGCUAACGCAGGUUGGUGUGUUCUCCCCAUCCCUUCGCAACCACUACCUCAAUGUGACACCCAGUAACUUGGUGAAGAUAUAUUCACCAGGACACAGCAGUGGGAAGCCCCCUCAACUGUACCAAGAGAAUAGGGAAAGAAAGGGAACGGUGCUGCCACAGACUGUGUCAGAAUUCCAUCAGAACCCUCCCACAAAUGCCUUUACUGCCGUGGCCACAACAUACUACAGGUGUGGGGAAGGACAUGUGGAUGAGAACUGCUGCCAGCAUAUCUCGGCAUCAGAUAAAGGGUCACCAUUGACACCAGUACCAAGGAUCCGUAGAAUGGGCAAAUCUGUUUUGAAUGUACCAUACCCAAAGGCUGAAAGAGCUGACUUAGAUGAUCUAGACCAGCUUCUUGGAGAGCUACCUGAUGAUUUUUUCUCCAACUUGGAUGAACAGAGCAGCUUAUGACAGUUUCUUCAUACUAAAAUGAGAGGACCUGCUGGAAAAGAACCAAGGGCAUAGACCUGUGCCCUGUAAAGUCUUUUGCACAGUGACGUUGACCCCCUCAUGUAUACAUCUUGGCAGGGAGGGGGGUUGUCUUCAGCAUCUUUAUGAACAUUGGCUGCGGCAGGGAAAAAGGAGCUCUCCUUCAUAGAACAGAUACAAGUCUGACAUCUGUCAUGUGAUUGUGUGGAAACUGGAAGUAGCAUUCAUUGUUAAGCACAUAUUUCCUCCUACUUCUGGCACAAUCUUCCUGCAGCCUGUCCUUUGUUCAAGGAUGCUGUGCUAGUGCAUAUCCAACAUUGGCAGUCUGCAUCAGGCCUUAUUCCAGACCUGCUUCUGCCUCUGCUGCAUCACUGUUGGAGCCAGACACGAUGACCAUUUAAUGAUUUGAAAUACAACCCUUCCUGAAGGUGCCCUAUCCCAAAAUGUCUGGGACACAACAUCGUCUGUCUUGUAAACAAUCUUACAGAGACAUAGGUGGCUUAACAAAUCAUAAAAAAAAUACGUGUAGCUUUUUUGUGCUGAACAUUGCAAAGAACUUUAUGAAAGAAAGAUCUUAGUUGUGUUUCAUCUUUUAUUUAAUCCUCUUUAUUUCUUUUGCUGAUGGCAUUGUUUUGAUGGUGACACUAUUUUUCCUUGAAAACUGUGUGUGUAUAAUUUUUUACUUGUUGCUUCAUAUAAAUAGGUUCUAUACCUCUCAAUUUCAGGGUUGGCUUUGUAUGUCCAUUGUAUGUCCAAAUAUUGGAGAGAGGAGGAGCUCCCUGUCUGUAUGGAGAUUCUUGUGUAC